UAUCUAGUAGACGAUUGAGAAUUUUUCCGAACUUGUCGUGCUUGCUGGAAGCUGUGAUACUCCUACGCUUGAUUAUAACUCUAAAACGACAUACACAUUACACAAGGAAACAAUUACUUACUCAUGAUUAACAGGAUAUAUUUGAAACCAAAGAUUCACGUGGAAGUGCUUUCCGCGGCGUGAUUCGUCUAGUGGGAAUGAGAUUCCCUUGACAGUAGUGUCAGCAGUGCUUCUGGUUGUAUAUCAUCAGGAACCGGGGGUAUGAUGUCGUCAAAUUUAUCAAUGAAUUCCAUGUCGGUGAAUUCACCACCGGACAUAAAACCUGACCUGUCCCAGUUAAACAUGGCAUCCCCACCCGGGUCCUACUUCAGUUAUAGCUCGGGCAUGCAGUCCAUGUCAUCAUCAUCACAACCUUCCCCACCAUUGAUGCAUUCGCCAGGAAUGCACUCGCCCUCAUCGUCUGUUACCUCCCCUUCCAUGAUGUCAUUGGGAUCCCCUGGGUCAGUGUCUUCACCGCCCAAUCCACACAUGCCACACACAACGCUCAGCAGCAAACACAUCUGUGCAAUAUGUGGAGAUCGGGCGUCAGGAAAACACUAUGGUGUUUAUAGUUGUGAAGGAUGUAAAGGUUUCUUCAAAAGAACAGUACGGAAGGAUCUUACAUACGCUUGCAGAGACGAUCGGAAUUGUGUAAUAGAUAAACGUCAAAGAAACAGAUGCCAGUACUGCCGAUAUAUGAAAUGUUUGGCAAUGGGCAUGAAACGAGAAGCUUGCCUUGCAGCUGUCCAAGAGGAAAGACAACGAGUAAAGGAGAAGGGUGAAGGCGAGGUGGAGAGUACCAGUAGUGCUAAUUCUGACAUGCCUGUGGAGAAAGUUCUGGAUGCAGAGCUGUCUGUUGACCCCAAACUGGACACUUACAUAGACACACAGAAAGAUCCAGUGACAAAUAUCUGCCAGGCUGCUGACAAACAGUUAUUUACAUUGGUGGCAUGGGCUCGGAGAAUACCACACUUCACAGAACUCCCCUUGGAAGAUCAGGUUAUCCUUUUACGAGCUGGCUGGAAUGAAUUGUUGAUUGCUGCAUUUUCCCAUCGCUCUAUUGUGGUGAAAGACGGUAUACUGCUGGCCACAGGACUACAUGUUCAUCGAAGCAGUGCACAUCAGGCGGGUGUUGGUACUAUCUUUGAUCGAGUUCUCACAGAACUUGUUGCAAAGAUGAGAGAAAUGAAAAUGGACAAGACAGAGUUAGGCUGUCUAAGAGCUAUUGUGCUGUUUAAUCCAGAUGCUAAAGGUUUGUCAGCCAUACAGGAAGUAGAGGCUCUAAGAGAAAAGGUUUAUGCGUCAUUGGAGGAAUAUUCAAAAACACGUUACCCAGAUGAACCUGGGAGGUUUGCUAAGCUGUUACUUAGACUUCCUGCACUGAGGAGUAUUGGACUUAAGUGCCUAGAACACUUGUUCUUCUUCAAAUUAAUUGGUGAUACACCAAUAGACACUUUCCUGAUGGAAAUGUUGGAAAGUCCAAGCAUAGGCACGUGACACCUGGGUGGACGGAGGGAGGGGUGUCGUCACACCUAGUAAUUGAUGGAAGGAGAUUGAUGUAAGAUGUAACCAGGCCUGGACUGUGGCAGUGUCUUAUGUGUUCCAGGUGUAAACCCUUCAUUUGUAAUAUGGCAUAGCCCUGCAUCAAUUGAAACAUGAACAGUAUAUAGUAUGUAUAUAUAUAAAUAUAUGAAAAUCCAUUUUAUGUUGGUGUUGAUUAUAGUAGCAAGUCACUGUGGCCAUCAUACAAGACAUCAGCAUUUACCUGGUGUGAAAGAAUCGUUUUCCCAUUUGGUCUAUUUUUAAUGAUUUCUCCAAGCUGUUUUAGAUUUAUUACCAUUUCUAUUGACAUGCCAGGGAAAUGUUGUUUUGAACAUCGUUAAAGCUUUUAGUUUGUGGUAAUCAUGUAAAGUAUCAAACACGGUGUACCAUUCACUUAUUUUAGGUGAAUUUCAUUGAUUUAAAUGUAAAAUCCCAAUGCAGUGAAGGUAUGGUUCUAUGUUUCUAGUAAUUUCCUUCACAUUAAAUGGUGGUAGAUUUUGGAAUUUUUUUUCUGAGAAAUGUAAAUAUUGGAAUAAAUGGCACUUGGAAGAAUCUUCUCAUAUUUUUGAAGGAAAUUUAAAUCAUGGAAAUUGAAUUUGAUAUUAGCUGUUUAUAACAAAAUAGAGCUGUCAAGUCUUGAAUGUUAUUGUAACUUGUUUAUGUUAACAAAUAUUUUUGUUUGAACACAGAAAACCUUACUGCUGCCACAUGUUUUAAUUUGAUGACUUGUUGUAGUGAUUGCAUGUAUGAAUAUGUUACAUACCAGCAUGAAAUCAUGAUCCUAGAAACAUGAGCACAUGAAGCGACAUUUCAGUUCAUUUAUAUUAUUAUGAUAUUAAUAUCAUUCAGAUCAUCAUUAACUAAAAAGACUAUCUGAUGCAAUAAAGGUAAUUUUAAACACCAAUAUUGACACCAAUAUUGAAGAAUUUCCGUCUUAUAAACCACCAAGAAAUGGCAAUAAACUAGGUAUGACUGUGGCAGCCUUUUCUUAACCAUUCCCCUCCACCCCCCCUAAAAUAAAUUUUGUCUUUUACUGGAAAAUACUGAUUUCGUGAAAAUAUAAAUCAACGAAUGAACAUUCUUGUAUUGAAAUACCUUCCAGGAUAUUGAGAUGUCAACAUCAAUCAUGACUGUUUAUAUGUUUUAUCAUGUUAGGGACAUGUUAAUGACAGAUUAGUUAACACUCCUCCUGUAUUUAAUGAUUUAAGGGAGUAUGUGACAUUUAGUAGUAUCAGUUGGUAAUUCAGUUUAUUGAUAUGCUUGUUUAUUUCAAGGAACUUUGUGCACAAAACCAGUUCAAUGUACCUAUUCACUAAAAUCACAUCUUUAUUGGAUUAUUGAUGUGAAUAUAGUGAAUGUCUUUCAAUUAACUGCCAUCGGGUGGGGAUACUGGGAGCAGAGUUGGUUCUUGUUAAUUUCUCUCAUGAGUUUCUUUCAUCACAUACACAUGUAACAUAAAAUAGGGGCUUCAACAUAUUUACAUUAAGCUUAACCUUAAAUUAAAAUUUUGAAAACAAAAACAAACCUGUAGAUGAUCAACAGACAACUGCUUUAGUCAAAGAAAUUUAUCAUGUCUGUCAUUAUACAGAGUCAGAAUUUUAUUUUUCACUUUCACUUAGGUUUCCAUGGCAAUUUAUUUCAAAGCAGAUUGAUAAUUUAAGACUAUAAUAUUGAUAGUGUGUUCACGCACAUGUAUACCUGGGCCAUCAUAAGUGUUCAAUGGUAUCAUGUGUUAGGUUGUUCUGUCACCAAGUAUCAAGGCAGCUAUACACCAGGUGACGAUAUCCUGUAAAACAGAGGGAAACAUAUCACACUGAUAGUAAAAAUCCAUGAAAGGCUAGUGUCUCUGACCAAGGUAAAAUGUAAGCUGUUUAAUUACCAGCAUUUAUUUUCUUCAACUAGGUAUUUGUUAGUGAGGAAUCUACUUUGGAUUUUGUUGAAUAUUUGUGUUAUAUGAACAUUUAAAGUGCUAACUUAAUAUACGAAUAUAUAUAUAUAGCUAUUGCUGAAAGUUUUAUAUAUACAUAGGUAAUUUGGUGAAUACCAUUGUUAGUAAGUUACUGUUGCAGUAUUUUUCGUGAUUUUUAAAGGUUGCAAUUCCUGUUCUACAAUAAGUAUUCAACAUUUUGAAAUGGUCAAGUUUCAGAAUUCAGAUUUGCAUAUGUUGACAGAUGUUUGGCACUCUAGAUGAAAAACUCUGUGGUUUUUGUAUUUGGAUGAUCAUACAUUGUUUUUAGGGUUUUAGAGAUAAACAUUGCCGCAUUUAUUGUUUGGUCUGUAGUUUUACAUGAUAGCCACAAAGGCACUGCAAGGAUUGAGCUACACACUUACUAUGUAUUUGAUGUCAAUUUUACUGGAAGUAAAGUUUUGGGAUAUACUUUUUCUGGACAGCAUUCAAAGAAAGAAAAAAGCUUACAAAACUACUUUUAUAUUUUCUUUUAAAAUACUGGAGUUGCAGUUCUGCAUUUUCUGUUUCGGUAAUUUCUUGCAAUGUCCUGCCUCAUCUAUGUGCCUGUUCUUUUACAACUGCCCUGCUGUUUAAAAAAGCAAUUUAAAGGCUUACAGCUCCUGGAACAAUUUUGCAUAUGAUUGCAUGUUUUCUGUUAAAUUAAUGUCAUUUUUUGACACAAGAUAUAAUGUCAGUAAUUCAUUAACAACAAAUUUGUGAUGGAGGAGUAGUAUUGUUUUAAAAAUCCAAUCUAAAUUAAGGGAAAAGAUGGAGAUGUAAGAUAGUGACUAAACCAGUGGUUAGCUUAUGCAGUAUUUAGUACAAACCUAUCACCUUGUUAACUUGUUUCAGAGUAAGUAUUGUUUGAUCAAAUUGUAUGAAUGAGUGCCCUGUCCAUCAUGUAUGAAUAAAACAUGAUCUUGGUUACUUGGAAAAAAAUAGGGCAUAUCUGUAAGGAAGUGGUGAUAGCCUCACGGUCUGUCACAGGAGUGUAUGUACCACUCCAGGAUGUGAGGCUAUCUCAUCAUAAGUGCUAGACUUUUUCUGUGAUGUAUUUCAGUGUUUUGUUUGUAUAGAUUAAAAGUGCUGUUUUCUUCGUGUAUUGCUGGAUGUGUUAUGUAAAUACUGUAGCUGUAUAUAAGUAGAAAUGGUCGACAUGUUGCACAAGGGAAGAAUCGACCAACCUUUACACGUUCACACCUGUAUUGUGAAUCAGUGGAUGGCAGGGUCACAUCACAAGCACUCUGUAUUAUUGUUGGGGAUUCAUUUGUUUACAUUUUAAAAUAUCCUCCACUCACAUUUGUUUCAGUAAUGACUUGGGAGAGAAACUUGUAUGUUCAGUAAUGAAAACUGUGAUUUUACAUGUUUUGUAUUGGUAAGCAGUUUGAGCAAAGAUUUAAUAUUAAAAAUUUGGACAUUAAAAGAAAUGAGGUAAAUGGAUGUUUUCUGAAGUUGGGUAUGGGAUGGGGGUAAUGAAGAACUACAGGAGCUGGCCUAUUUGUAUGAUGAUUGUAACAGAAUUAUACAGGGGGACGGAUGUUCCUUGCAUUUGAUACUCUUGAUCUGUAUUUACAGGCUUUAUUACAUGGCAAGAUUUAUUUGGAAGUUCUAUGUAUUAACACAAGAUGAUUUGUAUAAUUUUCAUGUAAAAUAUUUUUAUGUAAUUCGGUUUUCUUUUUUUAAUGUUUUCAAUAUAAUAGAUUCUUAAAUAUUUUGACUUUAUCACUGCUAUUUUUUUAAUUGACUCGUGUUGAUAUGGCGGUCUUGUAAUGGGACAUAGAGCCACAUAUUUUAAUUCCUGCAUACUACAAAACAAGGUGUCUGUGAAUGUGGCCCACGUGUUGAUGAACUAUAUAUAAGGACUUGUUUGGUCCUGAUAGCAACUGCAGCUUCUCACAUUUGGCUGCAUAUGGUAUAUGCCUUUCACAAUGAAAUAAAUAAAAGAUAACUAUGGAAAGAU